GUGGAGGGGUCCCAACGUGUUUCGGGACUCCGCACGUAGUUCAUGGCGCUCUACGAGCUCUUCUCUCACCCUGCCGAGCGCGGCUACCGCGCGGGGCUCUGCUCCAAGGCCGCGCUGUUUCUGCUGCUGGCCGCAGUAUUCACAUACAUCCCGCCGCUGCUAGUGGCCUUUCGGAGCCACGGGUUUUGGCUGAAGCGGAGCAGCUACGAGGAGCAGCCGACCGUACGCUUCCAGCACCAGGUACUGCUCGUGGCCCUACUGGGACCGGAGCGCGGCGGGUUCCUUGCCUGGAGCACGUUCCCUGCCUUCAACCGGCUGCAGGGGGACCACCUGCGCGUCCCACUCGUUUCGACUAGAGAAGAAGACAAGAAUCAGGAUGGGAAAAUAGACAUGUUACAUUUUAAACUGGAGCUUCCCCUGCAGUCCACGGAGCAUGUUCUUGGUGUGCAGCUCAUCUUAACUUUCUCCUACCAGUUGCACAGGAUGUCGACGUUUGUGAUGCAGAGCAUGGCAUUUCUGCAGUCCUCCUUCGCUGUUCCGGGGUCCCAGUUGUAUGUGAAUGGAGAUCUGAAGCUGCAGCAGAAGGAGCCCCUAAGCUCUGGUGGCUUAGAUGUGCGGUACAAUGUGUCUGUCGUCAGUGGGACCAGCCCUUUUGCCUAUGACUAUGACCUCACCCACAUUGUUGCUGCCUACCAGGAAAGGAAUGUCACCACCAUCCUGAUGGACCCUAACCCCAUCUGGCUGGUGGGAAGGGCUGCCGAAGCUCCGUUUGUGAUUAAUGCUGUCAUCCGGUACCCUGUGGAAGUCAUUGCCUAUCAACCAGGAUUCUGGGAGAUGAUAAAAUUUGCCUGGGUUCAGUAUGUCAGUAUCCUGCUUAUUUUCCUCUGGGUGUUUGAAAGAAUCAAAAUAUUCGUGUUUCAAAAUCAGGUGGUGACCACAAUCCCCGUAACAGCCGCGCCCCAGGGAGAACUGUAUAAGGAGCACUUAUCAUAAGAAGACAAUUUCUACCUCACUGUCACCUUCUGAGAACUCUCACUGCAUUUCUGAAAAGAGCCCACGUGCUGGCCUAUGUGUUUUUCCCCUCAAAGACACAGUUCUUUCAAAUAUUUCUCUAUACAAAUUCCAUCUUCUAAGUGCCUACAAUAUCAUCAGGGACUAGUUUGUGGAAAUGUUUGAGAACUCAAUUUUUGUUUUGUUUUUUGCCCUAGACCUGAAUUUCAGGAGCAAACUAGUCAGUUCACAUAUCUUGGAAAGAGUCCCAUCUCUGGUUAAGCAAAGACUUUUCCUUUCUUGAACUAAAGAACCUGCUAUGCAUUUCUUUCCUAUAUUGUAAAGUACGUCUUUCUUUUUUCAGGGCUCUCAUGAUAAAUAUGCAAAUCAGUAGCACUUUCCACUUGUGGACAUCUAAAUUUCCCAUCCAGAACUUUAAUUUCUAGAACUGAGAGGCUUUUAACUGGGAGGAGGGGAGAUGCAAGUACAAGAGCACGCGUUUGUGCAUGAGGGUGGGCAACUUGAGGACAGUAGGACCAUCCAUCUGCCCUCAGUCGAUCACAUAGUCAUCUGUCAUCAGCUCAGCUGAACAGCCCUUUAUCCCUGCCUUUCUGUGGCUGGCUCUUUGCCCUGCCUUUUGCCCUCUGUCUGUGCCCCGGGGUAGCAGGCUGCAGUAAGAAGUGCUGUUUCAUUCACAGUCCCCUCAGCCACAGUGGAGGAAGUAAGCACUGUAACAACAGGUUCUUUCUCUCUGGCCCUCACCCAACAGCCUAGACACUUGCCUCUCCUCUUCCUUGACAGCCCUCCCCCUUCCUGAAAAGGUUGUGGAUGACAAAGUUGCUGUUGUUGGUACUGGCUCCCACUGCCCGACAACCACAGAGUUUAUUUGGAGAGCUAGCGGGAAGCCCAGCUACUUGGAUUUUCCUUGACUGAGGACCAGCGUGCCCAUCAGAGUGGGCAGUUUUGGAAAACACAUAUGGAGCA